AUGAAUUCUGAUUAUGUUUUUGUAAACGGCGAUAAUUUCAUUUAUGAUCUUGAAACAAAUAAUAAAGAUACUUUUGAUGCAUAUUUAUCCGAUGCUAAACAGCGUGUUACAAAUAUGAGCAAAAGAUUUCUGCAGUAUGAUGCCUCAUCCUUAAACUAUAACGAAUGCGGGAAAAAAACAGAGAAAACAGUUUUGCAAUGUGUCGUAUGUGGCGCUAAAGCAUUUGGGUAUAACUUCGAUCGAAUUACAUGCGAAAGUUGUAAAGCAUUUUUCCGACGAAAUGCAUUGAGAAAUAUGGUAGAUCUUCAAUGUCGAUUUGGGGGAAAGUGUGAUAUAACAGCAGAAAAUCGAAGACAUUGUACAUAUUGUCGUAUCAGAAAAUGUUUUACUAUCGGUAUGCGAAAAGAUUGGAUUCGUAGUGAAAAAGAAAAAAAUAAAAAACUGAUUCAAGGCGAGAAGCAACGUAAAACUAAACAAACAAAACGACGACUACAGAUAUCUAUGCCGAGAGAUUCGGAGAACUUUAAUUCACCAGUUACGUUAAGUUCAGCAGAUCGAGCGAGUCUAAAUAAUAUAAGUCAUUGUUAUGAUCAAUAUGCCGGCGAGCCAAGUAUAUCUGUUUAUUCAGCGCCACAACAAGUUCUUACAUUACGUUUACACGAGUUUUAUAACCGGAAGAAACCGAUUGUAGUUAGUUUUAUAAGCUAUUUUAAACAUUUACCUGAAUUUCAACAACUAAAUAUUGACGAUCAAGUUUUAUUAAUAAAACAAAAUAUUCACAUUUUAUUACCAGUCAAUUAUGCUCUAUUAAAAACGCCGGCUCAUUCGCAAUUUCGUUAUACGCGUAUUCAAACAGCUGGCUGCGUGAAUAAUAUUAAUUUGCAUUCAAUGUAUCAAUUACUAUCUAACACAUUUGUUCCAUUUGUUACACUCGAUCCACUUGUAGUUAAAUUAUUUCUAAUAAUUUUAUUUCUUACAACAAAUUUACUUACAACAAAUUUCGAUACGGUUGGCUAUAAACAAUUGGGAUAUAUUCACAGAAUACAAUCGGCUUAUACUCAAUUACUCUGGCUGUACAUGAUAGAAAAAUAUGGUGAAAAAAGAGCCGUAAUUUUAUACACAAGAAUUAUAACAACAUUUCUACAUUUACAAACAGUGAUUAAUCGAAUCGAUUCGAUAAUUCGUUUAAAUAAGGAUACGCAAUAUCUAGAUUCUCUUAUGAAAAGUAUUUUACAGUUGACGUAA